AUGCAGCAUUCUCUACUUUCGCAUAUUUUAGUAGCAUGUCUACUUUCAGCAGUGCCCAUCAAAAGUGAAGAUGGUUAUGGCAUGUACUAUUAUACUUUUGAUAAUGACACAUUAACAGCGAGUUGUACGAAGCCAGAGCCCUUAAUAUUUCGUUUAAUGUUUGACUUUUUAACCAUGGUGAAAUCCGAAUCGGAUAUAGCAAUGGAACAGUGUGUGCUAGAUGGAAAAGGACCUGGCUUCACUUCACCACCCAUAUUUGCACGAACUAUAUUUGCAGCUACAACUAUUGCCUAUAACACCUAUGCACGAUAUAGUCAACAUGCCAAACCAGUGACAAUGUAUGACGAAUGGACACGUAUGUCACAGACACAGCAAAAAGUGCCAGAUUGUAUCUAUAUUUACGGGUUUUAUCAAAUUGCAAAUUUUAUCAUGCCUGAGCAAAUGACGAAUUAUUCAUUUAAACAAAAAUAUGAAGAAACGUUCCAUUGUAACUUAACGGAUAUAUUAGCUAAUGCGGAUUCAGAAUUAGGAUUGGUACAGAGGGAUGUAGAUCAAUUAAAAUUACAGUUGAAAACUGAUGGAUUCAAUCAAGAUGGAUGCUAUGCUGAUAAAACUAAUUUCAGAACAAUCAAUCCGCCAUGCAGAUUUGACAAUAGAUCAACAGUGGCAAUAUGUCGAAAUUUUACACAUACAUACACUACAAUUUGGAACUAUGGUGAAAUUGUGAAAACUGACUUUAUUGACAGUCCUCGUACACCAGUUUUUCCGCAAGCUCAGCAAGCCAGGCCAUUUUCCUUGGGGAGGUUAUAUGAUUAUUUAGCCCCACCAUUCUUCGAGGCGCCAGCCUUUGAGAAUGGCACAAUGAUGAACUUAACUGAUCAAUUUUUGCACUUAAUAGAUGUGCAGAAGGAUUUAGGUGCUGAUCAUGAUAAACCGAAAUUAAUAGCCGAAUAUUGGGCCGAUGGUCCAAAAACAACAGGUACACCUGGCCAUUGGCAAUCUAUUUCGUUGAAUAUUAUCCGACGUCUGUGCUAUGAUAAUGACGAUGCGCUCAAACUUCUUUUUGCAGUUAGUGCUGCUACUUAUGAUGCAGGUUUGGCUGCUUGGCAAAAUAAACGCUUAUAUAAUUCAGUGCGCCCAGCAACAUUUAUUCCUACAGAAUAUAUCGAUGAAUCAUUUCAACAUCAGUUUGUAGGUAUGUACUGUAAUUUUGAGGAUAUUAUUGGAUGGCAAUGGUCUCCGUAUCAAGAAGAUCAUGUGAUCACGCCACAAUUUCAAGAAUAUAUCAGUGGACAUAGCACAUUCAGUCGUGCCGCCUCAUUUGUUCUCGAGAAGAUUACUGGUAGCCCAAAUGUUCCAGGCAAUUUAUCAGUGACAAUUAAAGCUGGUAAAUCACUAUUUCAACCACAAUGUAAUAAAUCGAACACGGCAUGUUAUAGAUCAUGUCGGGUAGAUAGUUCAUUGGAUUCAGAAAACAACUAUAUACCAAAAGUAGAUGUAACACUUGGUCCAUGGAAAACUUAUCGCGAUAUAGCGAAUGAAGCAUCAAUAAGUCGAAUCUACGGAGGUAUACACGUCGCGUCUGGUGACAUACAAGGUCGAAUGGUCGGACAAAAAGUGGGUGAAGCAGUUUGGGCCAAGGUAUCCGACUUAUUUAAUGAUGCUGGCCCGGUACCUACAAGUCAUUCAAACAAAUUGCGAUUUCACUGUUUCUUUUAUUUUACAGCAUUAAGCUAUUGUUAUUAUUAUUAUUAUUAUUAUGGAAAGAACUUCUAG